AUGGACAACAGAUCGCGCAACAGCUCGGAAGCCCAGGCGCAUGCCACCAACAUUGACCACACGCUGAAGGAGCUCCAGCGGAAAGUCCGCGAAUAUGAGGCUCAGCUAAACGAGUUGCGCUCCGCAGAGCUUCAGACGCCCAGCACCGCCGCCGGUCAAGCCCAGAUCCUCAAGGUGGCCUUUGACGAAGUCACCGGCUCCGAGCCCUUCCUCCCGUUUCCAGGAUCAGUUCUGCCGGCGCUGCUAGCCCUGCGCAAGACUCACCAGACAAUUGAAGAGUCCAAGGCGUUCUUGGCUUCACAGACCGAGUCGACCGAGAGAGAACAGAGACGAUUGAAGGAAGACGAGGCUACGCUGAAGGAUCACCAGCUCCUCAACGAAGCUCUUAAGCAGAGGAUCGAGGCUUUACGCACAGAAGUCGAAUCAGGAGUCAACACACCACCAGAGGAUGAAGCACGCAAGCGAAUCGAGGAACUACGGCGAAAGAAGCAAGGCUACAAUAAAGAGACGAGCAAGCUGAUGAAGGCCCUCAACCGCUUCAUCGAUGACCACCUAGCGGUGAUGCUCGCCGCAGAAGCUCUGGGCGGGCCGGUUGUAGGCGACCUGAUGGACAUUGACGCCGAAGACCUCGCCGCAGGGUUCAAUGCGCAGGGGAAACUGAAGAAGCCGAAAGGCGAAAUCAACAAGGACAAGAACCAGCGCCGGAUAGACGAGAUUUGGGGCCCCAGUGACGCCAACGGAAGUGGUAGUGGCAAAAGGAAUAAGCCAAGGGACGCAGCUUCGGCGGCGGGCACAGAGAUGCGGCAGCUUACGGAGGAGCUGCUCAACAGGCUCGUCGAGGCAAAAGGCAGCAGCUCGGAUGCCUACGUGAAGCUGCCGUACGAGACGGCGGCGGCGAGGUUUCUCAUCAGGUCCAAGGUUGCGCAGUUCCACCCCAGGGACGCUACCAAGAUACGGCUGGUUGACUUUGGACGAGAGCUGGACGAUUAG